UCAACAACGAUGAAUGAUUCGAGUAAUUCAUGUUCUUCGAUUAGAACGGAACCUUUGGAUGAAGAAAGUAUUUUAUUAGUAUCAUCUAACAAGCCGAAGAAGCGAGCGGCCGGGAGGAGGAAGUUCAAGGAAACACGUCACCCGGUGUUUCGAGGAGUGAGAAAGAGGGACAACAACAAGUGGGUUUGCGAAAUUCGCGAACCCACUAAACAAAAGCGAAUAUGGCUAGGUACGUAUCAAACCGCAGAAAUGGCUGCACGUGCUCAUGAUGUGGCUGCAUUAGCGCUUAAAGGAGAGUUAGCCACACUGAAUUUCGCAGACUCCGCUUGGCGUUUACAGGUUCCGGUAUCUAAGGACCCGAAAGAGCUACGCCAAGCGGCUGCUAGAGCAGCUGAGGCGUUCGAGCCGGUGAGGGAUGUAGCACCACAAGAGAAUAAUAAUAUUGUAGUAGAUUGUAAUAUGGUGGUUGAUGAAAAUGAUAAUAGUAACUCAUGUGGGAUAGAGGAAUGGGUUGCAAAUAUGGAAGAAGAAAGUUUGUUUUCACCAAAUCCAUGUUUAUUUGGGAGUCAUUUCAAUUGGGAUGAUCAUGUGGAAAGUGAUGUUGAGGUGUCCUUGUGGAAUUAUACUAUUUGAUCUCACAUGCAAUCUGGG